CUGUUCUUUUGCUCUGCUCUUCUCUUCCUCUUCUCACCGCUGCACAUUCUUCAUUCCUCACCUCACUUUCUCUUCGCAUCACACGUCACAUCUCACACCUCACGGCACUUCCCAUACGAUAAUACCAUCGACGUACACACCUCGCUCGUUUCUGUACAGCCGCCUGCCCGUCGCUAUUUCUCGGGACCCCACACCCCACCAAGCCCGCCAGCAUAUGCGAUACAACGCCUCCAAGACAGUCGGUGCGGCAUAAGAGGGGGCAGCAAUAUCAAAUUGCUAGCUGAGGUUGCAUAUCAGACCGCGAAAAGUCAAUAGCUCGACUCUGAUCACCGCCGGCGCGAAAAACAUCCACGAUCAGCUCAAGAUGGCACGCUCCGACAUGACACGCGAACGAGUGAUAGUGCGGCAGUCCUACUACUGGCCUGACUGGCAGCUCAACAUCUGGAUCAUCAUCAUGUUGGCAACAGGAGGGACUUUGGUGGGAAUCUUUGCCAAUUUUGUGACAAUACAAAAUGCGCUGGGAGGGCUGGGCAUACCAUGGAUCAUGCCCUUCGGCAUUACAGUCGGAGCUCUGACGCUCGCCUUCGUCAUCCUGAUGUUGAUAUUGAUCGUUCAGCGUCGCCUACUUCCGGGAGUCCUGAUCAUCGGAUGCUUCAUUUUACUGGUUCUCUACAUCACCGGCCUGAUCGAAACCGCUAUUCAACUUUUCGGUCCUGCAGGAGAUAUCAACUCCAAGUGUUCGACUUACGUUAGUGGUCACUCACCGGACGAUCUGUCUGUGAAUACGCUGGCCUGGUUACAGCAGAACAGUAUUUGUCAGAGCUGGAGCGCCGUGUUUGCGUUUUGGAUCAUUGGCGCAGUGUUUCUGGUGUACUUGAUUGUUCUGGCAGCCAUGGUUGCACGGGCAGGGAGGGAAGAUAAUUACUAAUGUUUUAAAAGAAGGAGGGCAAGGCGAAAUGUUUAAACGAAGGGAGAAGGAAAUGUGCAUGCAUGAACAGAACUGGCAUCACGGCGUGGCGAAGCGAGGCGUUAUUAGGACGGAGGAAGAAUUGAUACCCAUUGCACCAGCAGGCAAGUCUAUACUGAACAGAAAUCUGAACAACUUCUACAGCUC